UUGAAAGUGGGUGUGGAAACAUCGUGAAAAAAAAGUCUAUUCGGCACUACGUAAGAGGUGCCAACCGACCUCGCGACCUCGGUGGCGAGGGCUCUCGGUGCAAGGCGCGGCCCGGCGCGGAGACCGCAGUGCCUCAGUGUCCUCCGCCCUCGACACGUCCGUCGUCGGCGCCGUGAAAUAGACCGAUUUCCGGUUGGUCGCCCGUUUCUUCUUCUCUUUUCUUCUGUUCGCCUAACCUUAAACGGCGUGCGGCCGUCAUCGGUGAUGCGACUAAAGGGGCUGAGCGCGGCCCGGCCUAUCGCGAGAUAGAGCGAUAGGCGAUAAGGCCCGUGUGGGUGUGGGAGUGGACGAGGUGCGCCGCCGCGGAGUCCCGCCCAGCCCGGCCCGCGGUGUCCGAGGAUGCGCCGGUGAGCUCGGCCAGGCUCGCCCCAGGACAGAGAUCGUGGACGCACGGGCUGGCGCACGCCGCUCAGGCUCACCCGCAGCCACCCGCGGCCGCUACCAGCGACGAGCAGCUCACCCGAACCUGCUGCUGAGCCGAGGUUUCGGGCCCUGGCUCUGGCUACCUCGUUUCGGGUUCGGCUCAUCGCGCGCUGAAGGCGACUGCUGCUGGCUUACUCGGCGCUGCCGCCACUCGUGAGGAUGCUGGAGCUGGUGGUGUGGUGCGGCGUGGCCGCCGUGCUGGCGCGCGCCGCCCUGUGGCUCCUGGCCGCGGUGCGCGAGGUGCUCCACCAGCUGUGGGUGACGCGCGAUAUCCCCGGGCCGCCGUCCUACCCGCUCGUGGGCAGCUUCCUCGCCGUGGCCGGCCCCCAGGAGGAGCUGUACGAGAAGCUGGUGGCCCUGCGCGCCGACCUCGGGCCCACCGUCAAGCUGUGGCUAGGCCCCGUGCUCGUCGUGAUCGUGUCGCGGCCCACUGACCUGGAGCUGGUGUUCACGGACCCGCGCCUCCAGACCAAGCCCUGGCUCAUGUACGCCAGCUCCAUGGAGCCGUGCCUGGGCGCCGGGCUCAUCACCAUGAACGGCGCCGACUACCGGCGCCACCGGCGGAUCAUCUCGCCGUCCUUCGCGCAGGACGUGCUGCACGGCUUCGCGCCCAGCUUCAACGCCAACGCGCACCGCCUGGUGGAGCAACUGGGCGAGCUCGCCGACUCAGGCGAGGUGUUCGACGCGGCCCCGCUGUCCCGCAUGUGCACGUCGUACACGGUGUGCGAGACCGUGCUGUCCGCGGACUCGUCGCGGCUCGAGAGCGACCGGCGCGCCGUGGUGCAGGCCGUCUACCGCGGCGUCACCCUCAUGUUCCACAGGGGUAUCCGGCCCUGGUACCGCUGGGACACGCUGUUCAAGCUCUCCAAGCACUACGACGACUACCAGGAAAUGGUGCGCGUCGGCGACUCGUUUGUGUCCAAAGUGCUGGACCUGAAGAUGGAGGCCCAGGCCAAGGAGACGCUAGGACAAGCCGAGGAGGCCGGGGAGCCGGACGCGCAGGGCUCCGGGAAGCAGGGGAAGCGGAAGGCCUUCCUGGACCACCUCUUGUCCUCUGAGGAGGGCAAGACCCUCACUAAGGACGAGCUCUCCGGGGAGCUCAAGCACCUGGUGGCCGCUGCCAACUCCACCACUUCGGACACGCUGUCGUUCUUCCUCUACUGCAUCGCCAUACGGCAGGACGUGCAGGCCAAGAUCCUGGAGGAGCUGGACGCUGUCUUCGAAGGCGAUCGUGAGCGCGAAGUCGAAGUCGCCGAUCUGCCAAAGCUUAAGUACCUCGAGCGCGCCUUCAAAGAGACGCUGCGGUACUUCGCCCCCGCGCCCAUCUACGCCAGGCAGCCCGACAGUGACGUGAAGCUGCCGUCGGGCGCCACCCUGCCCAAGGGCUGCGUGGUGCUGGUGUCGCCGCACUUCACGCACAAAGACCCAGACAUCUGGCCCGACCCGGACGUGUUCGAGCCGGACCGCUUCCUGCCGCACAACUCGGUCGGCCGGCAUCCGCACGCCUUCAUCCCGUUCAGCGCGGGCACGCGCAGCUGCAUCGGCCAGCGCUUCGUCAUGAUGUUCCUCAAGACGGCCGCCGCCACGGUGCUGCGCCGCUUCCACGUGACCACGCCCGAGGACGGCCCGCGCCGCGUCCGCGACAUCAAGCCUAUCUUUAGCCUCACGCUGCACGUCAAGGGCGGCGCGAGGAUCCGCGUCCAGAGGCGGACUUGAGACGUCUAAGGGGCCAUCCAUUAAGUACGUCCGAGCUCGAUGGGGAGGGGGGGGUCUCUCAAAAAGGGAUGUCGAUGGACGUGGGGGGGGGGGGCAACGGCUGUCCGGACGUCCGCUUUUUACAUAGGAUACGGGGAAAAUAGGAAUACUCUGAGCCGGGUUUCGACACUACCCCACAUCUGCAGGGAUUAAAAUCAUUCGUUUUGAUGGUUUUUUUGUUGUUUUUUUCUUUAACCACAGUGACUUGUUUUUUAAAUAAAUUGUUUGACCCUCUAAA